GUUUGAUUAUACUUUUUUUUUAUUCUACGUGCCAUCUUCUGGUUCUGACUCGACUUUAGUGACGAAGCCAGGGAAGUCCUGGAGGUCCCUUUCGGAAUAAAAAAAAAAUAAACAUGCGAAAACAACUAGAAAAUAAUACCAAUUUAGCUAAAUAAGAAUGGCUCGUUUGCACAAGCUGUACAUAAAGGGCGUGCGCAGCUACGGCCCGUUCGACGACGACGAGCAGUGCGUGGUGUUCAUGUCACCCAUCACGCUGAUCAUGGGCCAGAACGGCUCGGGCAAGACCACUGUAAUAGAGGCGCUGAAGUACGCCACGACGGGCGACGCACCUCCUGGGAGCCAGCGAGGACAGUACUUCAUCCACGACCCCAAGCUGUCCUCAGUCUCGGAGGUCUACGCCAUGAUUAAAUUGGUGUUUAAAGAUGUUGAAGAUCAAGAGUGGAGUGUAACUAGGAGGAUGAAGUUGAAUGAAAAACUUAAGACUUUGGAAUUGAUGAUCUCAAGAGUCGAUAAGGAGGGAGUUAACAGAGAUUUUCGGGGUCGUUGUGGUAAUGAGAAUGUCUUGUCAGUGGCCCUGGGAGUGUCAAAGCCAAUACUGAAUCAUGUCAUUUUCUGUCAUCAAGAGGAAUCCUGUUGGCCUUUGGAUGAAGCAAAGACGUUAAAGGAAAAAUUUGAUGCUAUUUUUAACAUCACAAAAUACAACAAGUGCAUAGAAAUUGUUAGAAAACUGUGUAAGAAGAUUGAAGAUGAACUAAAAGUUUUGAACAAUCAGCUGGCAAAUGACCAAAUCCACAAAAAGCAAGCCGAAGACAAACGAAGAAGUUUUCGUGAAACAGAAGAACGUUGUGCUGACAGUUCCAAAAAAAUAGAAAAUUUUGAAAAUGAUUUGGAGGAAGUGAGGAAGGCCUUAGAAAAAGUGUAUGAAACGGAACGUAACAUCAACAAAUUACAGUGUGAACAUGACAGCAAGAAACGUCAGUUGGAAGUUGUGAAGAAUCAUCAAAUUGAAUUGCGACAGACCAUCAAAGAGGAAUUCGCAGGCUCCACUCAAGAACUAUACAAUGCCAUAGAAAUGUUCAAUGAAAAACUUUCUGUUAAGGAAAAUGAAUUGACAGAACUGGAGGCGAGCAUGCAGGUGGUGAAGGCAGAGGAGAGGGAGGUGGUGUCCGAGGUCAGCCAGCUGCAGCUGCAGGUGGCGAGGAUGGAAGAGGAGCAGCGCCAGCAACAGAGCAGGGAGCGCAGUCGCAACAGCACCCUGGCACAGCUGGCCCGGCAGCUGGGGCUGCAGGAGCUGGACCCAGCCGAGGUGGCGCAUGUGGCCGAGGUGAUGUCGGAGGUGAGGAGGAAGGUGGCCCUCCUCAAGGAGCAGCUGGAUGCUGUGAGGGUGCAGCUGGAGGCAGAAGAGCAGCACUCCCAGUCCAAGAUCGACAACUGCAGGGAGGAGGUCACCAGUCUUAAUCAGGAAAUACGUAUGAAAAAGGAGCAGUUAAAUCAGAAGAAGAGUGAUGAACGAAAAGCAGCAAGGCAGAUUGCUGGGGUGAAAAUAUCGGAUGCGGAUGUGGAGAAGGUAGACGCAGAGCUGGACAGGGUCACCAUGGAUCUGAAAGUGGCACAAAGCAUGCACGAAGCUGAGAACUGGAAGGAGAAGUUGGGAGAACUUAGGGGGCAGCGAACAGAAUUUGAGAAGAACUUGCGAGCUGUAGAUGAACGUGUUAUAGAACUUCAGAGUCAGAGUAACUUGCUAGCAGAGAUAAAGAUCUUGGAGCAAACUAAGGCAGAAAAAGAAGAGAAAAUCCUUAGCCUAGAGAAGGAUUUGCAGAAGCCGAUGAUGAUGCUAUUUAAGAAAUUCCCUUCUACCAAUAUCAAGCAAUGCAUGGAUGAUGUUCUCAGCAAAUGUGAGAACGCAAUACGAGAGAAGAACAAGCUCGUGAACGCGAAGCAGAACGAGCUGUCGAUGCUGGAGUACAAGCGCAAGGAGCAAGAUGCCAAGCUCAGUUCGAUGGAAGAGGAAGUGCAGAGAAAUAAAGACUCCAUAUUUGACAUGUGUGGCAGUGAUGACUUGGAAACAACCUUGAAAUCUCUUCAAAAAGAAAUACAGGAUCUUCAGGAUGAGAAAGGCGUCCUGUCGUCCUCGGAGGCGAUGUACAGACACUACAUUGACAAGAUGCAGCAGAACAAGCCUUGCUGUCCCCUCUGUCACCGGGGUUUCCAGGAACAAGCCAGUGUGGAGGAGCUGAUUGGUGAACUGACGGGCAAGAUGAGUGCAGUGCCAGCUCUGCUGCGAGCCAAGGAGGGUCGACUAGAGGCGCUCCAGAAGAAGUAUGACAACUUGUUGCAGCUGCAGCCAGCGCACAAGCAUUGCCGCCAGCUGAAGACUGUGGACAUUCCCGCAGCCAGGUCUGCGUUGGAGGAGACAGGCAGGAGAGCGGAGCAGGCACUUGCGGCUGGGGAGGAGCUGAGGAGAGCACUGUCGGAGCUGCAGACGCGGGAGAAGGUGGCGAAGGGUGCUCUUGGCGACGUGCUGCAGCUGAGCCAGCUGCGUGCGGAGGUCACCCAGCUGGAGCAGCGCAGGGCCGGCAUGGUCGCCAACAUGAUAGAUGAUCCUGCACAGAGCCUGCAGGCUACGCUGGACAAGCAGUCCAGGCUGCGCAAAGACCUUGAUGCGACCUCCAAGGAGCUGGAUAACCUCCGCACCAGGUUCGACUCCUCCCAGACGGAGCUCAACAACCUCCAAGACCGCAGGAACCAACUGUUUGCCAAGCACCUCAAGAUACAAGGCGACCUGCAAAUGCGCAGACAGCUGGAGGAGAAAAGGGAAGAAUGUGAAAAAGACAUUGCUGUUCUGUCUAUCAGCAUCGAUGAUUUAAGUGAGAGGCUGGAACCAGCUAACAUACAACUGCAAACUGCCAUCGAAGACAAGGUGAAGCUACAGACGGAGAACCGCAGAAAGCUGGACACUAAAAGGAGUGAGGUGGGCGGGGCCCAGAAGCAGCUGGACGAGGCGGAGAAGCUCCAGAGGGACAUCGAGGCGUACGAGCAGCGGGGCGUGCCCGGGAAGCUGCGGCACUCCAGGGAGGAGGUCCAGCGGCUGGAGGCCAGCAGGGCCGCGCUGGAGACGCGCAGGCAGGGCGUGGCGGACCGCAUCGACCACGUCAGGCUGUACCUGGCCUCCCAGAAGGACCAGGAGCGGGAGCUGCAGGACAACCUGAAGCUGCGGGACAAGCUGGAGGAGGAGCGGGAGCUGGCGGGCGAGACGAAGGAGCUGAGGAGGCAGGUGGCGGCCGUCAGCGGGAAGGCUGUGCUGCUGAAGAGGAGGCAGCUGGAGACAGAGCACACCGCGCUGCUCACCGAGAAAGCCCAGUGUACAGGUCAGCUUAAAGAGCUGAAGGAAAUUAUGGGAAGUUUACAGAAAGAGCUUAACACACCAAUUUUUAAGAAUGCUGAUGAUAAGUUCAAUGAAACAUCAUUUACUAUAAAGGUUAAGCAUCUUGCCAAAGAAGACUUGCAAAGCUAUUCUCAGGCUAUGGAAUGGGCGGUCACACACUUCCACUCUGAGCGCAUGAAGAUAAUCAAUACCAUCAUACGUAACUUGUGGCGGCAGAUAUACUGUGGCUCUGACAUAGACUACAUAGAGAUUAAGACUGGCUCUGAUGCUAAAAGCACCAUGAAGCGACGCAGCUACACGUACAAGGUGGUGCAGGUGAAGUCCGGAGUGGAGAUGAACAUGAGGGGUCGCUGCAGCGGCGGCCAGAAGGUUUUGGCCUCCUUGAUCAUUCGCAUAGCACUGGCCGAGACAUUCAGCACCAAGUGUGCGUUCCUGGCCCUGGAUGAACCAACUGCCAACCUGGACAGGGAAAACAUCAACAACUUUGUGCAUGCUCUCGCAGACAUCGUGAAGACGCGCGGUGUGAGGCGCAAGUUCCAGCUGAUCAUCAUCACGCACGACCAGCAGUUCCUGGAAAUGUUGAACGACCAGCACCUUGCCACCGAGUACUUCCGUGUCGACCGCAAUGCACGAGCAAGAUCUGUGAUUGAGAAGCAUCGAGUGGUGUUGUAGUAGUGGAACUACACUGGCUGCGACAGGAAUCCUACUGUGCAGAUGGUGCAAGACUGCCACUUUACAGUUCACAAGUGCUUCUACAGUUUAUUGAAAUUUUGUAUUUGCUGCAAACAUUUUAUAUUCUACUUAUUAUUUGUAAAUUGCUCCAUUGUAAAAGUUAAUAUGUUUUCAUGAAACUUUCUUCUGCUUCCAUGUAACUGACCUUUGUUUUCUUCUUUCAAAUGUGUGAGGAAUUAUUUUAAAUCUUUAAAAAGAAUUUUGUAGUUAAAUAUAAUUAUUCUUCAAAUACUGUAUUUAUCCGCAGAAGGGUUGCCCCAGCGUAUGGAUUGCAACUUUAAUUUUGAGAAUAAAAGUAUAACAUUUUCACUUUCACCAUUAGAGUCAUCUUCGAAUAAGGGUUGGGCCAUAUAUCUGUCUUCACUAAAGUACCAUGGAUACAUGUGAAUCUCAGCUGGUGUAAAAAUAUGACACUGGUGUUAACCCUCUGUUCUUCAAAUCAAUUGGUUCUAGAAACCAAUUUUUACAGAGCCGCUACAUGUAUUUUCUUUGUACAGUCAAAUUCCCUAACUUGGGACGCUGCUCUAACUUGGGACAAGGUUAGAGUAUUUACAAAAACGGAGUUGGUAGCACUGUGGCUAUUUAUUGUUACCUCUAUGGCAAGUUAUCUUAUCAGUUUUGUUUUGUUAUUCCGUUUUAUGUUGAUUUCAGAGUGUAUGGAUGUGUUAGGAGCUGUGUAUGACGAUUUUUGAAAAUCCACGAAAAUCGGUAAGUUAUUUUAAUGAAUUACUAAAGUUUACUGCGCUCUUACAUUUUGACGUGGGGUUUUGAGGUUAUAUGAGAAAUGUUUCCUCAUGUUUCUAGUUGGGGAUGCUGUUCAAUUUUUAUUGUUAUCACCUUCUCUGUUGGAUUUAGCAAGACUUAAAUAUGAGAAAGUCGAUACUCGCCUAACUUGGGACACUGUCCCAAGUUAGGGAUUACUGUCUCAAGUUUGAAACAUCAAUUAUUAUUGUUUUAUUUUCAUUUAAAACAUGUAUUAUUCAUGCAUUUUUACAUUUCUAAGCAAUUUUAUCACCAGUCAUGCUUUACAAACUUAUUCACAAACUUUAGCUGGAACUUUACCAGUUAUUAUAAACCUAUAGUUUUUUUUUACUAAGUAUUUGUGUCAUGCCCAACAAUAUCUGAGAGCUUUAGUGUUGGGCUUCACAAAUUAUUCUACAAGAAAAAUUAAAUUGAAAUUUUUGUUCUUUUUGUUAUAGGUCCGUGAUACGUCAUGCCAAGGGCAUAUAAACAAUACAGCGAUGUUUUACUGUCUAAAGCAGCAAACGCAGUACGUAAAGGAAAAAGUUUGCGAGAAGCGGAGAAGCAGUUUGGCGUGUCCAAGUCAUCCAUACAGAGAUACCUAAAUGGAAAACACCAACAAAAAGUCGGCCGUCCACCUGUUUUUUCUGACCAAGAAGAAAAGAUAAUUGCUGAUUGUCUUGGAUUAGCAGCUGACUGGGGAUUUCCUUUAUCCAAGUUUGAUCUGAAAAAUAUAAUUCAAAGAUAUUUGGAUUCCAAAGGCAUAGAAGAACCUCGAUUCACUGAAAACCGGCCAGGAUCACGAUGGCUUACAUGUUUUAUGAGGCGAAAAAAGGAUUCCCUAAAGGGCCGUUUAAGUCAUAAUAUCAAACGUGCACGGGCAGCUGUGACAUCGACACUUAUCAAAGCCUAUUUUUCAGAGCUCGCCGAGACCCUCAAAGAUGCCUGCCCCGAAGCACUCAUUAACUACGAUGAGACUAGCAUGCAAGACGAUCCGGGUAAAGAGACUGUUAUAGUCAGAAGGAAAUGCAAAUACCCAGAUCGGAUCCUAGAUUCAUCAAAGUCUAAUGUUAGUGUGAUGUUUGCUGGAACAGUGAGUGGCAUUUGUCUCCCACAGUAUGUUGUGUACAAAAGUCAACGUGUUCAUGGGUCAUGGAUUCAGGGAGGUCCACCGAAUACCCGAUAUAAUCACUCACCUUCAGGAUGGUUGAGUCGACCAUCUUCGAGGACUGGUUUGAGUCAAUUGUUUUGCCCUACUUUAGAAAGUUGGAGGAUUGCCAAAAAGUGGUGAUUGGGGACAACCUGGCCAGCCAUGUGUCCAUUAAAGUGCUGCAACUUUGCAUGGACAGCAAUGUAAAGUUUGUGUUACUUCCUCCCAACAGCACGCACCUAUGCCAGCCUUUGGAUCUUGCCUUCUUCAGUCCCCUUAAGAAUUCCUGGAGGAACGUUCUUUAUGAUUGGAAAAUGAAAAGGAAGGGGCCAAUCCGCAAAGACUACUUCCCAGUCAUUCUGAAACAGACUUUGGACAGUAUAAGUGACACAAUUUCAGACAAUAUGAAAGCUGGGUUUGGGGCUAGUGGACUGUAUCCACUUGAUGUAAACCGUGUUUUUGGUCGUCUGCCUAAGGAGUCAGCACUUGAAGAUCAUGAAGAAAAUGGUCCUGAAUGGGUGAGAACAUUCACAGCUUUCCUAAAAGAAACUAGGAAUAAAGAGACAGUCACUAAUCCAAGGAGGAAAAAAAUUGAUGUGAUUCCUGGCAAAAGUGUGGCCUGCGAGGAAGUCAUUGCUCAGCUGGAGAACAAUAGUAAAGAGAAGAUCAAGAAGGCGGGUACGAAAAGGGGAAGAAAAAGCAAGAAGAACCUGGAACUUGAGCAACUUGGCAGUGAUGACAGUGAGGUGGAGCCUGACCAAGUUACACCCAAACCUAAAAGGUAGAAGAGGAAACAAGUUGAUGAUUAUGGCAACUCAUCUGAUGACAGUUUUGAAGUUCCAGUGGUUGAUACUGAUGACAAUAUGGACUUGGCUUCCUUAUUAGUACAAUCUGAGGAAGAGGCUGAUGACAUAGAAACACACUUGCGAUGUGAUUCUCCUCCAUCGACUACAAUUUCUGUGCCAGCUCCUCCAGAGAAGGUCAAGGCCCAAGUAGGCCCUCCAGCAGGCCAAGACAAUAUGCCUUCGACCAGUGGCACAUCUGCAAUGAACAUUCCUGAAGUGGAUGAUUUUGUAGUUGUGAAUUACGUGUAUGACAAGGGCACAAAGCGAGAGAACGUUAAAGUUUACGUGCGGAAGAUUAUCAGUGCCGCAUCCGAUAGAUCGAUCUUCACCAUCCGUUUUAUGAGAAAUUACAAAGAAAACAUUUACUACUUCCCUGAAAUUGAUGAUGUGGACGAUGUCCCCACGAGUGCAAUCCACAGGAUUGUUAAGCCAAUCCACCUUCGUCGCCAGCGUUACAAAUUCCUGUUGGAUUGAAAGGCCUUUGUUGAUAUUUUUUGUUUAUGCUUGUGUGGUCAAUUAUGUCUCUAGUUUCAAAAUUAAUGUUUGAACGUGUGAAUUUAGUCUUAGAGUGUAAGUUAUUUAAUAUUUUCCCUACUUUUGUUCUUCUCAGUACAUAUUAUGUAAUUUAUUUCCACUGUUUAUUUGUGAAUCAGAUGAUGUUAAUUAAUCAAAAGCAAAAAGAAGAAAUUAUGUAAAAAAAAUUUUAAAUAAAUUUUUUUUUUUUCAGAUUUAUUUUGUUGGGAAUUCAGUCUUAACCUUUUUUAAAAACUCUAACACUGUCCCAAGUUCGAUAUAGAAGCUCUAAAUAUGAAAAUACCUGGUAAAACGUGGCUGUCUCAAGUUAGGUACCAUGGCCCUAACUUGGGACAAUCAACAUUAUUAUUUGUUUUUAAUAUUAAAAGGAAAUAUUAAAUGUUCCAAUUUAGAGAAUGUAGAGCCUAAGGGUCCUUCGGAAUGUGGGUAUUUUUAAAAUUAUUUUAUUGUUUUAUAAAGGGGUAUUUAUUACAGUUUGAAGUGCAAAACUGUCCCAAGUUAGGGCAUUUGACUGUAUCUACAUUGGAUUUUAAGAGGCUAAAAAAAAAGAAUAUAUUUUCAAAAUAUGUGAAAAUAUGUUAUUCACAAAUUCAACAUAAAAUCUUACAAAUUAAGGCUACUUAGGUAAGAACAGCUACAUGUAAAAAAACAUUUUUGGUAGUUGUUAGUAAAGCUCUAUUGAUAAAACAAGAAAACCUAAAUUAUUUCAAUUAAUAAUUAGAAUAUAUAUAGCACCUGGGCGAGUGCGGUGGUGGGGCGGAGCGAUGGUAAGGAGGCGAGCACGCAGGUUGAGGAUAUGCUU